AUGUUCGCACCUCGUCUCCUCUCGCACGCGACAUCACGAUGUCUGCGAGGCGCGAUUCGAACUUCACAGUCGCCAAUAUUAUCGCAACUAGAAGCCAGUACAAAUUUUGUUAAACCAUUAAGUUUUAAUGCCAUUCGGUCCAUUCGCACUGUUCGUCCAACGCCUGCAGCUGCCACUCGCACCCCGCUCGCCUGUAAUUUAAACCCAAUUGCUCGCCGACAGUCCCCGAUAUUACAACAAAUCCGUAGAUAUGCCGAUGAAGCUAAGGCUAACGGGAAGGUUAAGAAACCCCGUGGCCGAAUUUUCAGGGCUGUUAUUCGUACUCUGACAACAUUAGGGUUGAUUGGAGGUAUCUUGGGCGGCGCACUGGUCUGUUUCUUUAUCUACGACGCCACAACCUACAAGGAGGACCCCGAAGUUGUAGAUGUACCUGUUUCCGAAUUAGCAUUGAAUCCAGAACGUGGCGGGCCGAAAAACUUGCCUAUCGCUAGGGUUCUUGUUGACGAUGAUGAAUCUGAAGGAAAGGGAACUUGCAAACAUAAACCAAAGCUGGUGAUUCUCGGAUGCGGCUGGGGUUCUGUUGCGAUCCUGAAGACCCUCCAAGCCGACCAGUACCACGUCACCGUUGUCUCACCAUCCAACUACUUCUUGUUUACACCGUUCCUACCAAGUGCUACCGUUGGAACUCUUGAACUUCGCUCUCUUGUCGAACCAAUCCGGACCAUCCUCGCACGUAUUAAGGGCCACUUCCUCCAAGCUGAGGCUGAAAGUGUCGAUUUCAGUGAAAAGCUCGUGGAAGUAUCUCAGGUUAUUGAUGGUGAAAAGCGUCACUUCUAUCUACCCUACGACAAGCUUAUUAUCGGAGUUGGUUCAAAAACCAAUACACAUGGUGUAGAGGGACUCGAACAUUGCCAAUUUUUGAAGACUAUUGAUGAUGCUCGGAAAAUCAGGAAAAAGGCUAUUGGAAACUUCGAAAAGGCUGUUCUACCAACUACUAGUGACGAGGAAAGGAAACGACUCCUUUCUUUUGUUAUUUGUGGUGGUGGACCAACUGGUAUCGAAUUUGCAGCUGAGAUUUACGAUAUGCUGAAUGAGGAUCUGAUCCGCCAUUAUCCUCGAAUCCUCAGAAAUGAAGUUUCGGUCCAUGUUAUCCAAUCGCGAAGCCACAUUCUGAACACCUAUGACGAGGCUCUAUCAAUGUACGCCGAAGAAAGAUUUGCACGAGACCACGUCGAAGUCUACACAAAUGCACGCGUGCAAGAGGUUAAGCAGGACAAGAUCGUGUUUUCGGAAAAGACUCAAGAUGGCAAAGUGGUCACUAAGGAAAUCCCCUACGGACUUUGCUUGUGGUCCACCGGUGUCUCCCAAACCGAUUUUGCAAAAAACCUUGCUACGAAGCUGGACAAGCAGACCAAUAAACAUGCCCUUGAGACUGACACUCAUCUCCGCCUGAUCGGUGCCCCAAUCGGGGACGUGUAUGCCAUUGGUGACUGCUCAACUGUUCAAUACAACCUAGCCCAAAACAUCAUAACCUUCCUCCGCGAGAUUGCCUGGGAAAAGGGAAAGGACCCUAAGGAGGUCCACCUAACUUUCAAAGACUGGCAAACCGUCGCACAGCGAGUGAAGAAACGUUUCCCGCAAGCUGGUCAGCACCUUCGUCGUCUCGAUAAACUCUUCCAACAAUAUGACGUUGACAAAUCUGGCACCCUCGAUUUCAAUGAAUUCUCGGAAUUACUUUCAGAGAUUGACAAUAACCUGACAAGUUUGCCGGCUACAGCACAGAGAGCUCACCAGCAGGGCCAAUAUUUGGCAAGAAAACUGAAUAAGCUCGCACAAGUCGCACCAGGGAUGAGAGCGAAUGAGUUGUUAGAUGGAGAUCUAGAUGAGACUUACUAUAAGGCUUUUGAGUAUAAGCAUUUGGGAAGCUUGGCUUAUGUGGGGAAUGCGGCUGUGUUUGACGUCCAGGGCUUUAACUUUGCAGGCGGUAUCGCCGCUGUCUAUCUUUGGAGAUCCGCGUAUUUCGCACAAAGCGUGAGCUUGAGAACCCGAUUCUUGUUAUUUAUGGAUUGGGCGAAGAGGGCUUUGUUUGGUAGAGAUAUGAUGGAUCUCUGA